CAGGUUUAGACAACAUGGCAGCUGUUAGAAUGAGUACGUGGGGCUGUUCGACCAAGAAUGGUUUCUAUACAUGGACACUUUAUAUAAUUUUACUCAUUACUACAGAAUCGGCGGUCGCAGCGCCAGAGGCAGGGUUUUGGAAAAUCACCGCUUUAAAUACUUCAAGGCCGCUACUGUUAAGGAAAUCCAUGUUCAAAGACACCGAUAUUGAGUUGAAAGUUGUGUCAUUUGGCUGUCCUGAUGAGGUAACCUUCAUCAUUCAUUGGUAUUUGAAAUACUAUCCCUGUCACAAUGACUUCAAUAAUAUUGAUGAAAUGUAUGAGCGAACACCGCUGAGUCGCGGGCAGAGCCUCGAUCCAAAUCCCCUUGUGCAAGGAGAGUAUAUCGAGCACAAACACAAGCCAGUAGCAUGUAACAGUGAGCUGCGCUCCUUUCCAGUGCUUAAAAAAACUAAGGCGGGGCCACUUCCUGUCAGUACACCUGUUGAGGGACAGGAGUUGGAUGAGAGUGAAAUCAAAUGGAUGACUGACGAGUAUGACAGCGACACAAUGAAGGACAAAAGUGCAAAGGUUAAAGACAAUGUCAUCGCCUCCACUUGGAAAGAUGGGCCUUACCUACUGGUGGUGAAGAUUGUACCCAGUAAAGCUGAUGUUAACUGGAAUUUAACCGUGAAUGUGGUGAUGAAAGGCAGCCAUGGUUACAUAUCUGUCACAGAAUACCCUCUCAUGAUUUUCUACAUGGUCAUGUGUGUGGUCUACAUACUGUUUGCCCUGCUAUGGUUUGUGUGGGCUGCCUGCUACUGGAAAGAUCUACUGAGGAUUCAGUUCUGGAUUGCUGGGGUCAUAUUCCUAGGAAUGGUGGAGAAGGCGGUCUUCUGUGCUGAAUAUGAAAACACCAACAGUGUUGGCUCUGCUUCUCCAGGGCUGCUGAUCUUUGCUGAGCUGGUCUCCGCUCUCAAGAGAACUUUAGCCCGAUUGCUUGUCAUCAUUGUCAGCCUUGGCUAUGGCAUUGUAAAGCCUCGAUUGGGGAUGGUAAUGCACCGAGUGGUUGGUCUUGGAAUUCUUUACUUUGUCUUUGCUGCCAUCGAAGGAGUGCUGAGGAUAACUGGGGGUCGGGACAAUGGCCCAGCUCUCAUUACAGCAAUUGUUCUGGCUGUGUUUGACUCCAUCAUCAUCUGGUUCAUAUUUGUCAGCCUGGCUCAAACCAUCAAGACUCUGAAACUGAGACGAAACCCCGUCAAGUUGUCCCUCUACCGGCACUUCACAAACACGCUCAUAUUUGCUGUCAUUGCUUCCAUUAUUUUCAUGGGAUGGACAGCAAAAAAAUUCCGUCUAGCAGAUUGCCAGUCGGAUUGGAUUGAGCUAUGGGUGGAAGAUGCUUUUUGGAGGUUUUUGUUUUCCCUUAUUCUGCUUGUCAUAAUGUUCCUAUGGAGACCAUCUGCAAACAACCAAAGGUACGCCUUCACGCCUCUCAUCGACGACUCAGAUGAUGAGGAAAUUGAGGAAUUUAUCGCCUCUGCGAACAUUGGUGAAGGCAUUAAACUGAGAGCUGCUAAAAGUGACACAAAUGGUGCUGUGAAAUCUCCAGAAACAAACGCAGAAGACGACUUGAAGUGGGUUGAGGAUAACAUUCCGACUUCUUUCGCUGAUGUAGCUCUUCCAGUCCUGCUUGACUCCGAUGAGGAAAUCAUGACGACCAAGUAUGAGAUGUCCAAGUUGGAGUGAGGGCAAACCUUGAAAGCUCUCAGGAAAGGUCAUGGAGAACAAAAUAAAAAGCCGCUGCACAUGACUCUGCUGUCGAAUUCAGAUAUGCAGAAUUACGUCUUAUUGGCGGUGGCGGGCAAUGCUUUAGGCGCUCUUCUGCUUUAGGGUAGCCUUUGCUCAUUUCCUUCAACUUCCACCGUCAAAACAACUGAAGAAAAAUCAGUUUGAGCCUUUCUUUCCAAAGAGAUGAAUUAAUUUUAUAUUCAAUACUGUAUUUAUUUGCAUUAUGUUGAUAAGGUGGGUUUUUUUGUACAAAUAAUAAAAGAGGGCCUAUUGCAUGAACAUACACUGACUUGGAGGUUUCAAAUAAUAUGCUUAUUUAUUUAAAAAAUGGAAACGCUUUUAUCCACAGGAAUUAACCCCAAAAGUGAUUAAUUUAAUUACUGCAUUGGUUUACAAGACUGAAAGUGGGAUUUAGGAACUAAUAUAAAAUGUUAAGUGUGAAGUUGUUGAGUUGAACUUUGGAAAAGAACAUUUUGCUUCUAUGCACUUUACCAUCAAAACCGUGCCUACAUGUCGUUCUUGUGUGGCGCCUGACGUGAUAUUCCAAUAGCCUCAAUACUGAUGUGUCACUGAGCGCGUACAUGAUCAACUGUCACUUGUACAUUUUAAACUACUGUUCAGUAGUGUAGCGUUGGGGCGGGUUUUAGUGUAUGUGUGUGUCUUUGGAAAUACGGAGCAGUAUAUGUCAAUAAGAAAUCAUGUAUUUAUUUUAAAGUGUACUUAAAAGUCAUAAGUUUGUCCAUGUUUACUUUUGUUGUGUUUACAAUGUCUUCUUUAGAACUGGACCAAUCUCAUACUAGGGAAGCAGCAAUUUGUUUUUUCUUCUUUCUUUACCAAGCUUGCAUUCACCUUGUUUUCUUGUUAUGUCUGACAGUGUCUUGGAUGUUGGCGUUAUUGUAGUUUGAAGUUGGAGAGCUGUUGCUGUGUGUGAUGAUUUCUGUGGUUAGCACAAGCACAUCGCGGUAAGAAUUUUGUAAUAUUGUCACUGUUAAAUGAUUGUUUCCAUGUCAGGGGUUGGAGGAAACAUGGGAUGCAAUAUGUGUCCAUGAUGACAAGUGAAGUGGCCUGACAGACACCUGCACCAGAUGGGUUUGCCUGAUUUGUUUCAUGUCAUAAUUCUGUUAUGUGGAGUUACACACAAUGGGCUUUUGGGAUGGAAUUUUUUUUCCAUGCUAAUUUUUCUUUUCCAUGUCAGGAAAUGAUUAUAUUAAUUAUGCAGGAGUAGUUUUGUUUCCUGGGCUGCAAUAUGCUCUGUUGUAGCAAUAAAAAUAUUAUUUUACAAUGGUUGAGAUUUUGCAUUAUGCUAUAAUCCUGUAUAAUCUUUUUCUUUUUAAAUUGGUCCCAAAAAGAAAUUGAAUACAAACACUGCAUUUUGAAUUGGCCAUUGUGAGGAAAAUUUGUGCCAAAUGGUAAUGAAACACAAGACGAGACCACUGAAAAUGGAAGCUUCACUCAUGCAGCUUCGUCACUUCAAUUCAGUGGUUUUUGUUAUAUUACUGCAAACAUUUGACACUGGCUGCAUUUGGCGGGAGAUAACAUGCAUUUGGGCUGGCAACACAAAAGAGUAUCUAGAAAGUAGUAUCUUAGUUAAUAGUGAAUGAGUGCCGCUGGCACUGGGGAGCUGUGGUUCAAGGAGAGAAACAGCAGAGCAUGAUCCCCUCCCUAUGGAAACUGGGUAUUUUUCCAGCAUGAUAAGGAACCCAAAUACACGUCGAAGAUGACAAGUGGCUUGCUGAGGAAGCUGAAAGUGAAGACCUGAACCCAACCUCCACCUGUGGAGCAUCAUCAAGUGUAAAAUGGAGGAGUGCAAGAUGUCUUAAGACCCACCAGCUCCGCGAUAUCUUGAAGGAGUAAAAGAGGAUUCCAGGAACAACUUCUACACCGUCAUUUCUCAACAUCACCGUCAUUUCUCAACAUCGAUAUUCACUGGAUGAAGUCAGUUUUAGAUGAUAAGUAUAUAGCAUUGCAAGUGUCCAGUGUGACCAGGCCUAAGCAUGAAUAACACGACCAACAUCAACAAUGUGGUGAUGCAUGUUGUCACAUCUUUUAUGACGCUUCACUCUAGUUCCUGAUUUAUGGAUUGCAAUAAAGAAAUCACUA